UGAGGUUUUAACAGUAAAUUUAUAUUAUAUGAAACAAUGAUUUUUAAUCUGCUACAAAAAGUUAUACAUUUUGUUACCUUAAUCAACAUAAGUUUGGUUGUGAUUGCAAUUAUCUUGUUAAAUUGUAUUAUUUUACCAAUUAAAUUAAUCUCAUUUAAGGUAUACAACAAGAUUGAAGGAGUUUUCUUAGUUUCAUUGGCCAAGAUUAUAUCCACUUGGGGAACUUUGUAUGAUUUAAAAGGUUUCAGAUUAGGUGUUGAUCCAACUGAGAUUAUUGAUGUCAAGUCUCCAUCAACGAAGAUACUAGUUAUCUGUAAUCAUCAAACGGUCUUUGAUUCAACCGCUUUGUACAUUGGAUUCCUUGGUAAAAGCUGCUACAAACCCGCUAGUUUUUGGCACAAAUGGCAUCGAUUUUAUGCCAACGGGAUAAUUCAAAGGUUGCGAAGUGAUUUCGCUAUCGAUUCCUCUUUUAAAAAAGGAGAUUUCGUUGAUUAUUGGGCAAAACACUCGAAGAAAUCUGAUCGAGAUCGAAAUGUUUUUCUACUGUUUCCCGAAGGAGCAUUUAAAAAUGAUUACGCAGAAAAAAGUAACAAAUAUGCUAAGAAAAAUGGUCUACCCCAGCUAACUCGAACAAUUUGGCCUCGAACUCGUGCUUUCGUCGAUGUUGUUGACAAAAGAAAUGGUUUCACUCAUAUUGUUGAUUGUACUCUAAUUUAUGAAGAUAUCGAUGAAAUUGACAAGUUCUUGUUCCUGUAUCCAGAACAAUUGACCAAAAAAUCUAUCUAUGGUGUAUCAAGAGUGUUCGAGAUCAUAAACGAUGAUAAAAUCGACCCAAUUAACCAAGAUGAUCAAACAGUUGACGAUUUAAAUAAAAUACAAUCAUUGGAAACAGUUGAACAAUCAGAUUGUAUUUACAAAGUACCUCAGUGUAAACUGAAUGAAUUUUGGUUACAGCAAUUGUGGUUAAGUAAAGAGUCAAUGCUCAAUUCAUUUUACCAGGAUAAAGAUAAAUUUAUCAACAAAUUUAAGCCUCAUUGUUACGAUAGAAUUAAUUUAUUUUUUCUCACCAAUUUUAUACUCGUAAAUAUAAUUUACAUCCCAGUGGGUUCAACAUUCAUUUACCUCAUCUAUUUAUCAAUAUCAAAGAUUUUUAAAAUCCUAACUUGAUCACAAUUGAUUGUCAUCCGGCAUUAAUCAAAGAAUCAGCAGAUUAUCAAUCAAUA